AUGUCCACUUUCCCUCCACAGUACCAAUACCAGUCACAACAGUUCCUCUACGAACAGCCAUUUGAGCUUGCCCAAAAUGUUGCCCGUCGGUCCAAAACACCUACGGACUCCCUGAUCAAUCAUACCGGACUCUCUCCUGGCGGCCACUCUCCUGGACCGCUCAUAACCACGCCGCCGCCGUUGAGCCGAAAUCCUUCGCAACAACCAGUGCCAUUGCAGGAGCAGCUACCAGAACAAUCGUUUUGGGACAAUGGCAGCUUUUCAAAUUCUCCGACGUCUGUGAGGACUCCGGAUAACGAUUCGUUCGAGGUGGAGAUGCUCGACUCGGAUAUCGGGCGGUUCUACCAAGACACCAAUAUCAUGUCGACUCAGAGUUCACACAACAACGUCCCAGCUGUAGACUCGACUAUGUUCUUCAGUGAUCAAGCUCUUCAGGAGGCAUUCAACACUACAGUAGCUGCCAACGCUCAACAAUACCAGCAACAUUUCAAUAUGAAUGCCCAACAGCAAUACGGCAUGAUGGCAACACAACCGCACAAUACGUUCUUCGGUGGAAAUUACACAACUGCCCAACCACAGCAGUCUACUCAACCACAGCAGCAUGAACCAUGGAGCGGCCAAGGGCCUUCGAGGUUUGCGAUGAUCCCUCGGUCUGGGCACGUCAUGUUCGACCCCAUCUCCGAUCCUACUUUGUACACGGAGUUCCUCAAUAAUGAUGUCAACUUCUGGACUGCGAAUUAUACCGACCCCAACUCUCUCCUCUCACCGAGCGAGCCUGUAGUGCCUCCCCAGGAUAUGAUGUUCAGCUUUAAUCCACAGCAUCGCGGAUCUCAGGGGUCAUAUGGGCAAAGUCCGGUGGAAAUUCGUUUCAACGGCCUCCCAUCGUCAGAUCAACCGACUUUCGUCAAUUACGAUGCAAAUUCAACCCUCAUCACAGACAACUACAUAACACCAAAUCAAUUCCCCCCAACAUCACCAACCUCAUCAGUCGGUCAAUAUCCGCAAUCGUUCUACCAGCCCACCCUUAGUCCACAAGUCUCAGCACCAAGUCCUGGCAGCUCAGAAGGCAAAUUCUCUAACCAGCACUCAGAUUUUGAGAUGCUCGACACAAUACCGGCACAACAUUCAAACAAUGCUUUCUUUCCUGCCCAGUCAUCUACUCGAGGGAGCGCGUCACCUGCCCAGCCUGUACCUGAGAUUUCUUUCGAUGCUUCACCGGAGCCCGAACAAUCAAGACGAGAGUCGACCUCGAAGAGCAUGAACAAGUCGGGGGGAAGAGCGCUUGGUACGCAUCUAGACCCCAGGGUCGCAAAGUCAGCCCACGAUAUGCGAAAGAUCGUAGCAUGCUGGCACUGUGUACUUCAACGAGACAAGUGCGGACCAGGAGAAACCUGCGAGAGGUGCCUGAAGCGUUCUCAGCGCCCGAACGCCGAUUGUGGUUUGGGAUGCUCGCGUAUUAAGCUCGUCGAUUUGGCUACAGCCUUCCUUCCACACCUCGUUACACAAAUGCAUGAGGACUCCUUCCUUACGCAGUUCGUGUCUCAGCACAUUCACCAAUGGGGCAAUGUUGAGCUUACAGUCAUGAUGACUUGUGGUCAGGACAAGAUGCCUCGUAUUCCGGUUAAGGUCUACGAGUUCGUUCCUAAAGGAGACACACUACUGAAGCAGCUCCAAUACCGAACAGACCCUGGAUCGAACAAGCGAGUCAUGUACACAAAGCACAGCCCACCGUUGGGAAUGGUCCACAUUAACUACAACGAAGAGAAGAAGUACGAGAAUUAUGUCAGCGACAUUGUCGACAACCACCUGGACGCCUUUGGCGAGCUUUGUUGGAUGGAAGACGACAACGACUUCCAGCAGAAACUGUUCAGACUGAUGACAAGGGUCAAGCCGAAGAACGACGAUGAGGCGAAGUUAUUCCGCGAGGUCUACCGUCUCAUUGUUGUCACAUUUAUCAUGUCGCACACCCUCACCAUCGCACCCGAGACCAAAUAUGCCACGCUCUCGCGCAUGCAUUCCUACAACGGUCACAAUGAAACAUACACAUCGCCACGCAUGACCAACCGCCAACUCAAAUACUUCUUCUCGCGAGUGCAACGGUCAAUCCAGAACGCGCUUCUCAACAAGCUCCAACAAAUAUUCAAAUCGUCCAAGGGCUGCGACAAGUGGCUGGCAGCGUUCAUCACUAUCGUCGGCAUGUGCAUGGCACUCGAAGAUGAGCAAAAGACCAUUCACCUUGUUCAAACAACAAAGUCGACCACAGAAGGACUCGAUGUUCGUGAUGCCCAAAACCACGCGGAUCAUGCCAACAGGGAGAUUGACACCCAGAUGCACUUCAUUCAGCAAAUCUUCAGGUGGAAGUAUAACCGUAAGCACAACCCACUGCUGAACGCUGAUCACGAUUGGGAGAAAGAGGUUGGCUUUGGAGAUGCAUCGAGUGUGAACUUUGUGCGACAAGUCGCGCAGUUGGUUAAGGAAAACACCGACUACCUGCAGCACCGAGGAGCUGUCAGUAUCUCGUCUGACAAUCAGACGAAGUACACAGCACGAAUCGUUGGCAAGUUCCUGAUGUCUUUCUGGAUGCCACAAUGA